UUUCGCUUGCCCACCCUAAAAAAAAAAAAAAGGUUUCGCUUGCCCUGCACUUCUCCAACCUCGAAUAUUUCUCUAUCGGAGGCCCGACUCGGCGCGCUCCCCCUCGCUGACCCUCCCUAAUCAUUGAUCGAUUGUCCCCUCGCUCGAUCCGGCCAAGGUUUCUCCCGCCGGCGAGGAGCGCGCACACCGAAUCUGGUCCGGGGGGCGGAGUUUGCUCCGCUCCGGCUCGGUGUGUUGGUGGAUUCGGUUCGAGGGGAUGGAGCGGCGGCGGUGGCUGCAGGCCGCGGUUCUAAUGUCCUUGCUGCUGCUUUGCUCUGGGAGAGAACUUAAGAGCAAAAGACAGGCGCCAGCAUAUAAUUCCACUCUCGCCAAGACGCUUGCAGAGUAUACUUCAGCAGUGUAUACUAAUGACCUGUCACAAUUAUUCUCCUGGACCUGUGAAAAAUGCGUUGACUUAACAGAGGGGUUCGAGGUUAUCGAGCUGAUCAUUGAUGUGAAAAAUUGCUUGGAGGCAUAUGUCGGUUUUGCAAGUGACAUGAAUGCUGUUGUAGUUGCAUUCAGAGGGACUCAGGAGAACAGCAUCCAGAAUUGGAUUGAGGACUUAUUUUGGAAACAACUUGAUUUUGACUAUCCAGGCAUGAGUGAAGCAAAGGUGCACAGUGGGUUUUAUUCUGCAUAUCAUAAUACAACAUUGCGUGAUGGAGUCAUCAAUGGCAUCCAGAAGACCAGGGAAGCAUAUGGCAAUAUUCCCAUCAUGGUGACAGGACAUUCCAUGGGAGGGGCCAUGGCUUCGUUUUGUGCCCUUGAUCUUAUUGUCAACUACGGGUUAAAGGACGUGACCCUGCUGACAUUUGGGCAACCUCGGAUUGGUAACGCUGUGUUUGCUUCCCACUUUAAGAUGUACUUGCCAAACGCAAUUCGAGUAACCAACGCACAUGAUAUUGUGCCUCAUCUACCCCCGUACUACCAGUACUUCCCACAGAAAACCUACCAUCAUUUUCCACGAGAGGUAUGGGUUCAUAAUAUUGGACUUGAUAGCCUAGUAUACCCGAUCGAGCAAAUCUGUGACGAUUCUGGUGAAGAUCCCACUUGCAGCAGGUCCGUAAGUGGAAAUAGCGUGCAAGACCAUAUCCACUAUCUUGGCAUCAGCAUGCAUUCUGAGUCGCGGGGAUCAUGCAGAAUUGUCACGGAUGACAAUAUGCUCAGGUACAAAGUUGGCACUGUAGAUGGCACUAUUGUCUUCUCGAAGCAGCCUGGUUUAUCAGUUGAUCAGCUACUCAGUGUACAGUAAACAAGCUCAAGAUUGCAUGGAUUUGUUUUGAUGGUUCUUUUCUGCCAAAGCACAAUAUGCUUGUUGGCAAUCAAAGGACUAUCUCAUGUAUAUAUACACGUGUGAUCCUUGCUAGGUUAAAUUAUCCUAGCUGAGGGUGUAUUUCUGAAAUGUACAUACAUAUUUAUGCUGAUUAAAUUGUUCAUAUUGUUGCAUAUAA